CUCUUUGUUUUCUCUCACCCUGGUAGAUCGUUGUUCAUCAUCGAAAUAGUAGUUGAUUUCCUUGUAGAUUUCCAUAGAUUUUGCUUUCAAGUGUAUAACAGUUCAAUUAAGCUCACUGUUCCCGCCUAAUGGCGUUUUGAAACAGAAUAGGUUUGUUUGCUGAAUGUCAAAUUGGGGAUUGUUUGUUUAAAUCCUGCUGUGACUGCUAUAAAAGUUGUGCUGUAUAGAUUGAAACCUUGAUCUGAGGAAGUUUGAGGGUAAUGGAGCACGACUUGAAAAAGGUACCAAGUCCUUCGAAGGGUUUAUUGAGAAGUGAAGAAUUAUAUGAGUAUAUUCUGGAGACUAGUGUGUACCCACGUGAACCAGAGCCUCUAAAGGAGCUAAGGCAAGUCACUGCUAAUCACCCAAGGGCUGUCAUGGCUACUGCACCAGAUGCUGGUCAACUAAUUUCCAUGCUUCUGCAGCUAGUCAAUGCAAAAAAGACUAUUGAAGUUGGAGUCUUCACUGGAUACUCCCUUCUACUCACUGCUCUUUCAAUUCCGGAGGAUGGAAAGAUAACAGCAAUAGACUUGAAUCGCGAGUCAUAUGAGAUUGGAUUACCAAUCAUUAGGAAAGCUGGUGUUGAGCACAAGAUAGAUUUCAUUGAGUCUGAAGCUCUGCCGGCUCUUGAUCAGCUCUUGAAAGAUCGUGCCAAUGAAGGGAAUUUUGACUUUGCAUUUAUUGAUGCUGACAAAGUUAACUACUGGAAUUACCAUGAAAGACUAAUGAAAUUGGUGAAGGUUGGUGGCAUAGUUGUUUAUGACAACACACUCUGGGGGGGAUCAGUAGCAAUGAGUGAUGAGGACACUGAAGAAUAUAGAAAACAAGGGAGGAAACUGACAAUUGAAUUUAACAGACUAAUCGCAGCUGAUCCUCGAAUUCAUGUUUCACUUGCUCCUUUAGGUGAUGGUAUCACCAUCUGCAGGCGCAACUCUUAAUUCUUGUGAUACUGAUUGGGUUGAAAUUUACAGAUUAUGCUGUGUUACCAAAAAAAUAUAAUAAAUAAAAAGAUUCCCCGGGCGGUAUGGGGUUUGCAAAUGUAUUCUCAAAUGCGUACUUGUUCCAUCUUUAAUUUUCAAACUGGAACCAGGGUCAGAAUCGGUUGAGGGAAAAUAAUUGCUAAUAGUAGCAAUUGGAUUUUUCAAAA